GGGGCAGUCAGCGCGCAGUCGACCCAAACAGCAGGCACGCACACUCGCGUCGCCCUCAAAACCGAGCUCACAAAAUAUUCCAUCAAAAUUCAUUUACAACUCGAGAACUUGAAGUGAUUAGGACGCUAGUGGUAAUCAGAGUGAAAGAACGCGUGCGAUUCCAAAUUCAAAUCAACACGCGGCCGGGAAUCCGUGAAACCAGAAGUCGUCGGACGACCUCCGCAGAAAUUCGUUUACCGAUGUGUUGUUAGUUAAUUCUAGAUUUUCACCUGCAGCGGAAACAGCUUACGUAGACGCCUAGCGGUAAAACGCCGUCCGCGCUACACGCGAAGCGAUCCAUGUUGAGUAACCGUCAGGUUUCUCCAGUGCUUUCGACUUAACACAAACAACAAGAACGUGAAUUUUGGACACGUCUGUGACAGCCGCCUACGUUAGAACGCUCGGAAGGUUUUGGUACUAUCCCGUUAGAAAGUUGCGUUGUGGAUAGUGAAUCGGCAAUUUCGGGUAAAUGGACAGUGUGUGAAGCGUUUUGUUUACUGACUGGUAGUGUUGUGUUUGUCGCGCGUGCGCAGUGCAUGGCGCGAUGAUUAGCGGAGGCUGGGUGUGCGCAUUGCACGUCCAAACCGCGGGCUUGGGCGGUGCGGCCCUCGGGUCAGACGAAGAGGAGAUCGUCUACCUAGCGUAUGUCGUGAUAGAUGUUCACACUAACCAGAUAAUAGGCGAAAGAGAAUAUGCAGUGCGACCCACCAGACGGCCCUCGGAGGAACUCCAGACGGGGCAGCCUCUAGAAGUAGUGGUAAAACAGUUCGACGAGUUCGUGCGGUCGCUGCAAGUGGAGCCCCUCUCGCCACUCUUCAGGCUCGUGACAGACGGACAACCCCCACUAAGACAAUGCUUCCACCCCGAGGCGUGCAGCAAAGAGCUGACGCUUCCCACAUACUACGCGCGCUUCCACGACCUGCGCAAGGAGUACGUCCGGGCGUACACGUUGCGCGCGGUGACGCCGCCCCGGGCACAAGCGCCGCCGCCGCCCCCGCCGCCGGACCAUCCGCAGUCGCUUAGCGAUAUGUUGACUUAUUUAGGUAUAGCGCCGUACACAGGUGAAAACAUCUACGCGACUGAAGUUAAAGACAUGGCUAGCAUCAUACAAAGGAUAAUUGCCGACGGUUUCCGGUUAGAACUGCCAGAGACCGUGGAUUUAGUUUUAGAAACUGGUAUUUGCUCAAAAGACGAUGAGAUUGAUGGUAACUGUAUAGUGCGCGCCCGCGGCUUGCCCUGGCAGUCCUCCGACCAAGAUAUCGCCAAGUUCUUCCGAGGUCUCAAUGUCGCCAAAGGCGGCGUAGCUCUCUGUCUAUCGCCUCAAGGUCGCAGGAACGGCGAGGCGCUCGUUCGCUUCGUGUCGCAGGAGCAUAGAGAUAUGGCUCUCAAAAGACAUAAACACCACAUCGGCCCACGGUAUAUUGAGGUAUACCGGGCGAGUGGUGAAGACUUCCUCUCAGUGGCGGGAGGGGCGACGUGCGAAGCAGCGGCCUUCCUCACGAGAGGCGCUCGUGUCAUAGUUCGGAUGCGUGGUCUGCCGUACGAUGCCACCCCGCAGCAAGUGCUGGAGUUCUUCUCAACCGGCGAAGAUCCCGUGCAAGUCCUGGACGGCACCGACGGCGUGUUGUUCGUGCGUCGUGCGGACGGGCGCGCCACGGGCGAUGCGUUCGUGCUAUUCGCCAAAGAGGAGGACUCCCCGAAGGCCCUGUCUCGUCACCGCAAGCUGAUAGGCUCCAGAUAUAUUGAGCUGUUUAGAUCGACUACUGCCGAAGUGCAACAGGUCCUAAACCGGUCUUUGGAGACCAGCACCAGCACGGCCAGUACACCUUCCACUGCAUCAGCCCCCAACAAGGGUCUGGUUCCGGUACUCCUACCCCAACACGUCAUAACCUCUGGCACCGCUAAGGACUGCGUUAGGCUACGUGGACUGCCUUACGAAGCACAGGUGGAACACAUUCUGACUUUCCUCGAUGAGUUCGCCAAAAACAUUGUGGUGCAGGGUGUCCACAUGGUUUACAAUUCCCAGCACCAACCAAGCGGCGAGGCGUUCAUACAAAUGGACAAUGAAACUAGCGCGUUUUUAUGCGCGCAGCAAAAGCACCAUCAAUACAUGACAUUUGGCAAGAAGCAGCGGUAUAUCGAGGUGUUCCAGUGCUCCGGCGACGACAUGAGCCUCGUGCUGACGGGCGGCGUGACGCCCGCCACCUCGCCCAAGGUGCUCUCCCCCGGUACGUUGGUGUCCCCCCCGCCCGCCGCCGCGCCCCCGCGCCUGCUCGCGCAGCACAUCGCGCACCAGAGCCUGCUCGCGCGCCAGCACGAGAACCUGCUCCUCGCCUCCCUGCGCCCGCCCAUGCUGCCCUACCUGCCCUUCAUGCGCUCCGCCACCCCCACCCCCACCUACCAACUCCCGCAGUACCUGCCCGCGCAACAAGCCGUCCUCCCCACCAAGCGGACUUACGACCGAGCCUUCACCCCGACCGAGGCCCCCGCAGCUAAAAGACCUUACGCUCUCCCCCCGCAAAUGGCUCCGGCUUUAUCUCUCCCCGUUCUCUCUUACGGCGCCUCCCCACCAAUAUUCUCGUACGCGAACACGAGCCCCAUGCUCUCGACAUACGCUAGCGGCAUCCCCACGGCCCUGCCCACAGCUUUACCGGCGGGUUACAACUCUAUUCCGACCGCUCUCCCCGCUUCCAUGAGCACGCCUUUCCCUCUAUCCAUGUUCCCUACUUACCAAUACUACCCUGGCGUUUAAUACAAAAACAAACAGGCCGGAGAAAUGUCUCGAAAAUAUAAAACGCGUGGUCGACCUACCUUGACUUAUUAGUAGUUACAAUGUUAAAACUUGUACCUGAAACUGUCUAAAGGUUAUAUGAACUGUUUGACUGUGACGUCUACUAAGUAAUUUUGGAUGAAGCUACGAUCAGUAGUUAAAUCAAACAGGGUAAUCAGAUGACAACAGGCUCAAAGAGUUGAAGAAGCUACCGCUAUGUGCCUUCAGCGAGUAAGAUUUAGCGUUUAAAAAUAACGGUUAGUGUAACGCGGCAGCUCAAUCCAGCGGCUGGUUAAUUAAUAUAUAUUACUUAAAAUCAGUGUUUUGUUGAUUUUGUACUGACUUUAAAUAAUGUUAAAAUAUUUUUAAUUUAUUAAAUAAGCGAUUUUGAGGUUGUUAUAGUGACAGUAAGUUUACGAAUACGUCCCUUUAUAUAGAGUAACCGUUCUCAUUGUUGUGAUUUUAACACAUUCCAUUAGAUAAAAGACAAAACCGUUUUCAAGGCUGAAAUAGAGUCUGAGAAAAAGUACUUCUAUUGUACUUACAUAACAUGAAUUAGGUACUUAAUGGUUAUCGUUUUUAUUGCAGUACAAUGCACUUUUUGUGGUUACUUUACACAGUUUUUUAUAUGUAUAUUUUAGUAUUUAGUUGAGUGUUUUUGUACGUGUUCUCUUAUCUCACGUUCAUGAAUUCAAUUUAGGAAUUGUCGUAUAUUUUAUACAAUAUUAAUAUUAGUCACGUUGCGCGAGCGCCUGUCCUUUCCUCUCCCUCCUUUCACAUCCCAUUCUUGUGUCAAGUACAUAAACCUAUAUCACAAAAUAACAAAUUGAAACCAUCUUGUUUCACCUAGCUUAACUUCAUUGUCUGAACCUCACAUUAAAAGAAUUAUGUUGGUAUUUAAAAAUAGAUCUUAUAACAAUUUUGAACGCAUUUCCAAUUUAAUUUUUUUUUUGCUCAAAUGCCCUAUAUAUAAAUUCCCUAAUAAUUUGGAAUUUGGAAAUAUCGUUCAAAACUGGUAACAUGUUCUAUGGACUUCUAAAAUCUAAAAAGUUAACGUCAAUGUUUAUGGUGUUGCCAUUGUAUCGGUAUUCACAAAUUAGGUAUUGGGCUUAAGUCACAAAUACACGGUGAAAUGGGUAAUCUUUGUACUGUCUUUUCUACAAUUAAUAGUUACUUGCUUUACUGACAUUUUGUCCAAAUGUGUCAAUACUGCAAAAGCUAAAUUAUGGAAUACAAUGCAAUAUUAAUAAUAUUAUGAACAAGUGUUGUAAUAACUGGUGUAUCCGUACUGGUUGUGUUAUGGAAAAUGUGCAUGAAAGGUUAAGUUACGGUAAGUUUUGCACUACAGAACGAAUAUCACAGUUUAUGUUUUCUUAAAAAAUAUGGGUUUAGCAUGGUUCGCUUAAGUUUUCAGGGAAGGAUUGCAUGGCUCGUCUGAUUAAUUUAUCUAUACUAAGACGGCUUAAAGGCGUUUUCCAGAGCACACUGUGUCCGGAUACAAUGGUAAAAACUAUUUUGAUGUCUCGUUAAUUAUGUACACAAAAUAAACUUCAGUGGACAUGCUACUUUAUAAACGUCAGUACUGGCUGCUUUAGAUUAAAAAUUAAAAAAAAAAUGUAAUACAAAAAUAAGGUUGUAUAAAAGUACUGGCUUAUAAAUAUAGCAGAUAGCACUGUCUUUACUACCUACUGGUCGCCUGGUGUAACCAAAUAUCCUCCAGUCAUUAACACGCAUCUGUACUGUUCCACAGCUUCCUCUUCUAUUAUCUUCUAAAGUCUAUUCGCUUUUCGUUUAUAUGUUAAAAAAAAACUACCUACUUUUGAUAUUUCGAUGAAUUUCAGUGCAUGCUUCCUAUUAUGAAAUAUUUGUUUUUGUAAUUUUUGGGGCCAAAAAGCGGGUAUUUACAUCAUCAAUGAAAGUUCUUUACAGCCAUCUGACAUCCGAUCACAAGAGCUUGACCGCUCAAUGUCCAUUCGCUAUCCACAGGUGGUCGAGGGCGGCGCCUCGUGGUCAGCGAGUGGAUAUUACGUUGUUUACGAAUAAAAUAAUUGUAUGUUACUCUUUGGCACUAAAAAGACCUUUGAAAGGAUGGUUACAAAGUUAUGAUUAACUAUUUAACUAUGGAACCAAAACUCAGACGGGAUCGUUUCAAAGAAAGUCUUGAAAUUAGGCAAAGUUUGAAAAAGAGGUUUGCAUGGAUAACUCGAUCAUCUUGGCCAAGAGUAUAAGGCGAUGCUGGUCGGGUGUCAGGUGAGUCUGAUGACCUUUUUAAAUAGCCUAAUGCUUAUUGGCAAGGAAUAUAGAAAAUGAUCUUGCAUUCGCUGGCAAAUUAAAAUUCCUAAUAUCAACCUUCUACUUUUUAAAAAUAUGUAGAACAAAUAAUUGGGUUAUGCACGAUAAAUUUGUUCGGACUUCACCGUUCCCGUGGGAAUUUCGGGAAUGUUGCAUAGAAACAACAAAUAACUUUUUAAUCGAAUAAUUAGUUGAUUUACUUAAUGGAAAAAUAUAACGUUUGUUCACCCCUUUAAAAAAAAAAGAGUGAUAUUAUUAUACACUUUUAAGACUAUACAGGAAUUAUAAUUUGAUGGAAAAAUAUAUAUUCUUUUAAGAAUAUACAGGAAUUAUAAAUAUGUUUGAUCAUUUCUCUUCGUCUUGACAAAUUAUUUGCUAUGCGUAGACGGGGCAUAGAAUUUUCUAUUUGGAUCCAUCUAAAUGAAACCGAAACAGUUGAUUUAAAAUUUUGAUUUAAGUAUGUAGUUUAAUUUAAUUUUACUUAUAUCUACAAUUUCCGAUAUUUUCACUGUAAAAAAAUGUGCACUCGAAUUUCAUCGAAAUUUCUACCAUGUGUAUUGACUGGGGGAUAUGGUACAAUGACGUCAUAUAGUAAUUCCUCUAAAAUUAUCGUCAAUUUAUUUAUUUUUUUACGUAGGAUAUGUACUUGUAUCUAGGUUCAAAAUAUACAAUACUUUUUUAUUAGAGAAUAAUAUUAAACAGCUUAAAUCAUAAAAGCUACAAGCGUAACAAACAUUUUUGUAUUUCAAAAACUAAUUACAGUCUUUAUUUAUGGAAUUACAUCAAAUGGCGCAUUUGUUAUAUUGUUCUUUAUACGAAUUUAUUACUGCUAAAAUAUUCUUUAUGAAUUAGAAUUUAAGAUAUUGAACAGUUUUUUAUAUCUCAUCUUUUUGAUCAGCGAUGAGAUUUUAUAAUUUAAGUUAUAUUUCUUUUUAUAGUUGGCUAAUUAUAGUUUAUCUCGUAGUACCUACUUCAAAUAAAUCGAUAAUUUCGUGUUAGAUCAUA